AUGAUCAAACUGCACUCCAUAUCGCGGCAGACAAUGGUCAUGAGACAAUCGUCCAGCAACUUCUCACCUAUGGAGCUAGCAUUAAUUCCCGGGAUACAUUGGAUGGAACAGCUCUCAACUGGGCAUUAUAAUCUGAUCACUUGGGCGUUGCCCGGCUGCUCAUUGAAAGCGGUAUUGACGUCGACUUUCCAUCGAAGCAUUUUUGGUUCCCCUCUUUGGCAAGCAGCAAGCUCGGGCUUUCAGGACAUUGUUCAAUUACUCUUACAAAACAAUGCUAACGUCCACGCUAUUGAUGAGCGCAAGGGGACAGCUCUCCAGGCGGCUGCAAGAUCGGGAUACCAAGAGACUAUUCAGACACUGUUGGAUCAUGAUGCUGUUGUCAAUGCUCAUCCAGCCGCGCUCGGAACAGCUCUUCAGAUAGCCGCAUCAGAAGGCCACCUGAAAACUGUCAAGAUUCUUCUUGAAAGGGAUGUCAAUGUCAAUCUGGUCGCCGGCGAAUUUUCCACAGCUCUCCGAGCAGAAUCGAGUAUGGGCCCCAGAAAGAGCUUACGACUAUCCCGCGACAAACAGGGUGAAAUCAACAUUCCUGCAUUCUAUGAACGCUGGGUCGAUCAUUUGGAGAUAAUAAAAUGCCUUGUCAAUGAGGGUGUUGACAUUAACGCCCAUGGAGAAGGAGAUGGAUAUGCAACUGCACUCCAGGAAGCAUCAAUUCUUGGUCACCUAGAUGUUGUUCAAACUUUGCUUGACAAUCAUGCGAACCCCAAUAUCUAUGGUGGGGACAUCGGCAAGCAGAUUGGGACAGCUCUGCAAGCAGCGUGUGUAGCAGGGCAUCACGAGAUUGUUCUUUUGCUUCUGAGAUUUAAUGCAGAUGCUUAUAUCCAGGGCGGUCGUCUUGGGUCAGCCAUUCACAUAGCUUCCACAAAAGGCCGCGACCAUAUUGUCCAAGCCUUGCUUGGCAGCUCUCGAAAUUAG